GUUUGGUUCCUCUAUAGAGAGAGAGAGAGAGAGAGAGAGAGAGAGAGAGGCAUAUAUAAAUAUAUAUUGUAGGAAGAGUUUUAAUGGAGGUGAUAGAGGAGUGGAGGGUGUUGGGUGGUGGAGCAUACUCAGGAAGGCAUAAAUCUCACACUGAUAUGCAACCAGGAGAGGAAGAUCUAUGGGAGUACUUUCCAUGCCCCUUCUGCUACAUUGAUGUCGAGGUGCCGUUUCUCUGCGACCAUCUGCAGGAAGAGCAUUGCUUCGACACGAAAAAUGCGUUGCGAAGUCAUGCCGUGUCUCAGGUAUGCCCUAUGUGCGCGGACAAUCCCGGGAAGGAUAUGAUCACUCACUUUGUCAUGCAACACUCGCAUUUAUUGAAGAGAAGGAGAUCUCAUAAAGCAAGCUUGUGGAUGAAUGACUCGGGACCGAUUGAAAAGGAGCGAUACGAAAUCAGUUCGUUUUCUGACGUAGCCUCCAACAGCAGGAGAAGACAUUCUGCUGAAUCUGCUCCUGAUCCGCUUCUGUCGUCGUUCUUAUGCAACACGAAUUUCCUCGAUACUAAUUCCGGAGAAGCAAAUCACGAGAGUGAACUCACGUCAGGCGACUCGCAGAAUCGGAGGUCGGAGCAUUGCUUAUCGAACGAACAACGCGAGCGGGAUCUUGAAGAGAAGAUGCAGAGAAUCGAGUUCCUUCGACAAGUUAUCGCUUCAACCAUUUUCUGAAGCUUUUCGAGAAGAUGCAGUACUGCUACAUUCGCUCGAGCUGGUCAUCGAAGCCCGUGGAGAGAUUUUUCGACUCCUCUUUGGCUCUUCCUUUGUAAAUUUUCAUUUGGAGAUUGCCUAUCUUUUAUGUACUCUACCGAACUUCGCGUCUUAUAUUACGCGAGAUUGAUAAUUAUAUGAUUACUAUAAACCCUACAAUCCUUGGCUCUUCUUUUCGUCGUAGUUAGCUCAGCGAUUAACAUUUAAGAAUGAGAAUAAUUAUAUGUUGAUGCGA